AUGAUAACAUCUAAUGAACUAGAAGAAGUUGAUUUAAGUGACUUAACUAGUUUAAAAAGUUUAAAUUGUGGUUUGAAUAAUCUAGAUGCUUUAGAUUUAAGUAAUAAUUUAGAAAUAGAAAUUGUUAGAAGAAUUAGACUGCCACAACUCAAAAAGUUUGAAAGAAUUGUUUGUUUGUCAUCAACAAGAAAAUUUCUUGAUUCUUCCUCCUCUAAUAGACAAGUCUUAAAACUUGAAGGGAUGGAUAAAUUAGAAAAACUAUUUUUAUGUCAAGCAUUGUUGGAAAUAGAUAAAAAAGAAGUUCCAGAGUUUGAACAAUUCUUACAAGAAAAAAGAGAUAAACCAAUCAAAGAAAUCUUGGCUAAUCCCAAUAAUUACUCUCUUGAAGAUAUUCUCAAAUUAGGAAAGAAAGUGUUAAAAGAAAAGUUAGUUGAACUAGCAACUAAAAAACAUGAAGAAAUAAUAUUACAAAAAGAAAGGGAGUUCAUGGAUGAAUUAAGAAAGAGUGAAGAAGAAACUCCUCUUCUUACUCCUCAGGAAUCACCAACACCAAAGGAUAAUAAUAAAGAUAAAAAUGUUAUGAGUUUAAUGAAGAAGAGCAAAAG